AUGACACGGCUGACUGCACUCAAAGCGCUGCGGGUUUGGAAUUGGAAAAGGACGAAACCGAAACUCGAAUCGAGUUAUGAAUGUACCGCAUCUGCGCAAGAACGGCCAUAUACUUCUCGACCGUCGCGCACGCAGCAGCUGCAAAACCCGAGACUGAGACCACAACUCACAACGGAGGUCCCAAAUGACAUUCUCCGGCCGAAUGCAGCAGACGAAAUAUUAGCGAAGCGGGAUGAAGAACGUGGUCGCAAAAGAGAGAUGGACGAAAUUGACCCCGUUGACGGCCAGAAUCAAGCGUUGAAACGAGCUCGAUCAGAAUCAUCACAUUCAAUGAGCUCUGUGUCAACAAUAUCCACCAGUCGAUCCCGGUCAGAAUCCCCAGCUCGCGGGUACAGCGCAAAAAGUAACGGUAAUCGAGCACACUCAAUAUCUUCAUGCCAUUCAAAGCCAAGGAAAAGGCGAUACAGCGACUCAUCCUCCCAUCAUUCUAUCUCAUCCUAUUCUUCUGGUGAAAGGGCUCGUUCACGCUCGCAAGAAUGGGCGCGCGACAGGAACACCAGGCGAAGACACCGGGAAUCUAGCCCUGAGGAGCGUGGUCGGCCUCGAACAUCACCUCGGGGUGGUGGUCGGAGAGACAGGUCCCGCAGUAGAAGCAUGGACAAGGGUCGGAUUGCUAAAGAGAGGCGGUCCAUGACGCCAGGGGCCAUGCGAGAACGUCCUAGUCAUCCCAGAAGACAUUCCAGGGACAAAAUGGGCGCGCCAGACCAAUCCCAUCGCCGUCCCGAUUAUGGUGGACGAGCUGGUCCCUCUUCUGCUCAGCCUAGAAGAGAACGAAGCUUGAGUCCCUACAGCAAACGUCUUGCGCUGACUCAAUCAAUGGGGAGAUGA